AGAUUUGAAUGAUCUGAAAAAUUAAAAUGUAUCAGAAUAGAGUUAUCAAUUUAACAGGAAUCCCACCGGCCGGAGGCCCACGGAGGCCAAUAAAUGGAGGCACUCAAGGACAUUCUAUAGGAAUUGCGACGGAUCUGUCCCUGCCUAGAACUAACAAUACCGUGCCAACUUCAGGCCAUAUUCUACCGGGCCAGGUGUACAGCCAACCUUACUCAUCUAUUCAUUCAUCAGUCAUCCCUCCUCUCAUCCCAUCAAACUCAACCCAACCAUCCUCACAUUCCAUUCAACUCCAUUCAGGGGGUGCUGGGAUUCACGGAUCUAUUCAGGGGCUUCAGAGGGGUUCUGUGCUCCAAGGGGGACCUAUUCAGGGGCUCCAAGGGGGUCCUGGGGUAUUGCAUCUUGUCAGAGGAAAUUCAAAUGGUUCAGCUACUGCCAAUACUUCAUCUUACAAUGGUUCUCAAGGAGUGAGCACAGUAAAUGGUGGGGAACCUUCUAAGCUAGAAAUCAAGGAGGAAACGGAGGAAAUCACACCUAAAGAAGAUGAACCCCCUGAGAUGGAUAUAUUUAUCAACAACGUUGUCUGUUCAUUCUCUGUUCGCUGUCAUCUCAACCUUAAAGAAAUAGCUCUCACAGGGUCUAACGUAGAAUACAGACGAGAGAAUGGAAUGGUAACUAUGAAGCUAAGGCAUCCUUACACAACAGCCUCAAUCUGGAGUUCAGGAAAGAUAACCUGUACUGGUGCUAACACAGAGGAUGACGCUCGGAUUGCAGCAAGAAAAUUUUCCAGAAUUCUUCAACGUUUAGAUGAAAAGUAUCAGAAGAUUCGUAUUAAAAACUGGAGAAUAGUAAACGUUCUUGGAACAUGUAAUCUUCCGUUUGGAAUCAAGAUUGUACCUUUCUCACAGGCUUUCAGGGAAGCGAGCUAUGAGCCAGAACUGCAUCCUGGAGUUACAUAUAAGUUAAAGCAGCCUAAAGCAACACUAAAGAUCUUCUCUACUGGAAGUAUCACUGUAACAGCUCCCAGUGUAGCUAAUGUACAGGCAGCUGUAGAGCAUAUUUAUCCUAAGGUCAAGUAGUUUUCUUGUUUUAAA